AACUAUUUUGACAUGAAACUCGAGAGAACCGACCUGGUGAAGGUUUGUAGUUGGCUUUUGCGAUUUGGGUUUCUCUUAUUUUCGGGUUUUCGAUGAGGUUUUGGGGGAUGGGCUCCAAUCCAUCUAAGAGCGAAGUCAUGACGAUCAGAAUUCCAUCAGCAAAACAACGGAAACAAUUCAGCGAUGACUUAGUGACAACCAAUCAAAGUGAGCUUGGCAACUCUCAAUCCAGUAAUGCACAGUUAGAACAGCUGAUGUGUGAGCUGAGUGCCCUUAGGAAAGAACUGACUCAAGAGAAGCUCAAAGCUGAUAAAGAGAAAGAGAUGACUGAGUCCUUCCAACAACAGCUUGAUGAGCGUGAGCGGGAGGUCCUUAUGCUAAGGGAGGAGCUAGAGAGUGCGCAGAACCUGGUGGCAAACACAGAGAAUUCAAGUCUAUCUGAGGAGAAUACCGAGAAAUUGGACAGGACUGUCCAUGCAAAGGACCAGUAUAUCAAUUCCUUAGAAGAAGAAUUAGCGAAAAUGAAGGAAGAGACAGCGAUACUCAACCAGCAAUAUCAAAAGAAAAUUCGCAAAAUGCGUUCAUUGACAUCCAAAUCCAGACAAGACUCGUCCCUCAAGCUAUUUGAACUGAAAGACGAGAACAGUAAACUCAUGGAAGAGAACACGAAACUGCAAGAACGCCUUGAGAGGCUGAGUAUGGACUCGGGCGACUUCAGCAGACAAAGUAGUGCGACAAGUCGGCGCUCGACCAAGUCACAUGACCAUGACGUCACAGAGGAAGACACGCACAACGAUCCCCGGAUGAAACUGAUCCUGGAUUUAUCAGAGCAAGUUGCGACGCUGGAUGCGGAAAACAGCAGACUAAAACAAGAACUUAAACACACGAAAAAAAUCGCGGAAAAAGUAGAAAGAGCUCGGUUAAAAGCCAAAGAAAAACGUAAAUCGCAAGAGCACGAGGCACGAAGCACGUUGCACGACGUAGUGAUUGUAGACAGCUCAGCGGAUUGGUCAGCUGUGGAACGUAACCGCGCAUGCGUUGGCGUGGGCGACAGGACGUGAGACCGCGUUUUGCACGGUCAUGCGCACUGUAUCAAAAGCCGAUAAUGAAAAAAUCGCAAGAUUAAUGAAAGGCAAAGUUAGGGCACGUUUUAUAAUACAAUAAAAGAUAAUUUUUUAUGUUAUAUUUACAACAAUUUGUGAGAAUUAAUUAAUUAAUGCUUUAGUAUACGGUUUUGGCAAAAUAGCGAUAUGUUAGCCAUGACUAUAGAUAAAUCUUACUCGGAAUAAAUAAUUCUCUAACUGA